AUGUGGCAUGUCGCGGCUGACCGUGGACUGGUCUUGGCUCCAGUCGAAACCAUUGCAACACACGGCGUUACGUUUGUUUGUAAAUCUUUCAGCGCAGGGUUCCGGAUGUCGCGUGCUCCAGUCUUUGGUCACGUUCAGAUGAAGGCAAUCUUUUUCUUGUUGCUCUUGGCAGGUCACGAUUGUGUCCGAGUGACGGAAGAAGUUCAGUGGUCCAAGUCCAAAUGGGCUCAGCUGCAUGCGGACUGCAAGUAUUCUUUCACGGAAGGUUGUGCCGGUGAGGGAUGUGUGCGGAAACGCUUGCCUUUGGACUUGACUCCAUCAGUGAGUUGUCGGCACACAGAUGCUUACCUCUUGAAGCAUAAUGGCCUGAAGAAUUUUCAGACCAUCGUGAAGCACUUGGAGGAGAAGAGUGACAAGUAUGCCAAGUCAUGCCAACAAGCCAGUUGGUUGAAUCGAAAGUGCAAGCGCCGCGAAGCACAGAUGUUCAAUGCCGUCAAGUUCAUUGCACGGGCUCCGCUCGACCAGAACUUCAUGUCCCAGCUCGAUGAACACGAACGAGCUGUGGUGAGUGAUGCUUUCACAAAGACUUUGAAGAGUCUUGCUUCUUCAGAGGAGGAAGGCCAGCAGAUCGAUGAGCUGUUGCGGAAGAUGAAAGGUCACACGCCAGAGCUCUUGCAAGAUCCACAGGGGACAACGGCGAAAGUGGUUGGGUUGAUGCUCAAGUUGGUGCAAGGCUCGCCCGAAGAGAAAGAAACCGCCCGCAAAGAAAUCUCCGCGAUGCCCGAGACCGUUCCGGCACUUUCAGCAGAAGAUGAGGCCAAGGCAAAGGAAAAAAUUCAGGACAUGGAAAAGGAAUUCGAGGAACAUCGAGGUUUCUUGGUUGAGUUUCAGAGUGAGGAUGUGCUCAUCUACCCAGCAGCACAGUUGCUGGUAUUUGCAGGAGAGAUGGAGCUGGCAAUGGACCAGGUGGACACAAAGACCAACGAGGCUGUCGAGGAAGAGGCACUUGAAGAAAAUUACGCUGGUUCUGCAUUGCUGACCAUUCCAGAAGAUAACAAUGCUUCUGCAACUACACGCUCAUUUAAGGUGCCUAUCAUCCAGGCUGUGAUUAGUACAGCAGUUGCCACCAUCCUUAUCGCUGCUGCGGUCUCAACAUUUCCCGUCGUCGGUGCACUGCUCUUAUAUCUGACGUUUGGUCUCGCGUACUGCUCGUUGGAUGAUAAUUUGAAUGAGACAAAUGACCUGAUCAAGUGCAUGGGCCACAUCAUUUUGGCACCUCUUACGGCGGUCAAGUUCCUCGCCAAGGGCCUUUGGCGCAUCACCAAAAAGACGUACCGCUUGAUCCGUGGGAAGAAGAAGACCAGCGAUCCGUCUGAGGCUCUUCUUAGAGCGAAUAUCCCUGCUGAAAAAGUCCACCUUCGCGAUCAUGAAUCGGGAGUUCCGGACUUGAUUCCAAUCAAUACAACAGGACGGAUGCUGAUCUAUGCCUGGGAUGAGCGCCAAAUGCGGGCCGCGAAGAAGAAGCGCUUGGCGGACAAGCAAAAGUGGGGCACCUACAGGACAGCCGGACCCGGGUCAAUGGAUGGAUUGGGUCGAAGAACAGGGGCUUGGCGUGUGAACUCUCGUAUGCUUUAA